AAUAAUAAACUCAGAUAGGCUAAAAAUUGCCCAAAGAACCAGUGUUUAAAAAAAAAAUAAAAAAAAUAAAAAAAAAACCGACAAAAAUACACAACGAAGACUCCGUACUGGUUUUUCUACUCAUUAUUCUUACUUUACUUUGUAGUAGCCUAAUCAUAAUAUGUCGCGUGGAGGUAGAGGAGGUUUUGGUCGUGGAGGCGGUCGUGGGGGUGGCGGCCAACAAAGUGGUGCUAUGCAGCUCGUCUCGUUCGAUAUGUUGAAGGAUCUAGGAAGUAUUUUUAACCAUAACACAGCUUUGUUUCCUGAAAUUGAUGUACCAAUUCCUCGCAAACCAACUUCAAAUGAGGCUCAUGAGUGGAAACUGAAAAAAGAAUAUUUAAAGAUGAUCAAAGAUUCACCAUACUAUUUAACGCCACCACCACCGCCACAGGAUAUUGAACGGUAUUCAGAUAGAUACAAAGUUCAAACAGUCAAACGAAGCUUAAGAGAAAUUGAGACAAAUCUCGACUUUUUCCCUGAUGAAUUACAGACAAUUAUAGAUCCUAAGCGAAAGAAAAAAAAACAAACAACGACAGCAGCGGAUGAUCUUAGUCAACUAGAAGCAGUAUUGAUGAAUGCCGAAGAUAAGGAAGGAGAGGAAAAUGAAGAAGAGACAGAGAAGAAAGAAGAUGAAGAAGAGGAAGGCGAAGAAGAAUAUGAAGACGAAGAGGAUUUGAUUGGUGACAACGAUUAUGCCGAAACCUACUUUGAUAACGGCGAAGGUGAUGAUGAUGAUGACGGCGGAGACGAGGACGCUUAUUAAGAAAAGCCGUUACUUGAUACUAUUUAUAUCAGUUAAUGCAACGCAUCUGUAUAAUAAAAGCCUUGAUUAGUUCAAAAAUCAAUAUUACAUACUACUUUAAAUGAAC